AUUUGUUGUGCUGUGCUCGAGUUUGUUGGUCGAGGAAAAAUGGCAGAGCCCGAAUUAAAUGUAGACAAUGUAAUACAAAGAUUACUAGAAGGCCAUAAAUCCCAACGGGAGGCCCAACAGGACGUAAAGAAGUCAUCGAAAAUAAAAGAUAUAUUCACUCUAUCCGAAGUAAGGGGAAUGCGCCCCGGCAAAUCGGUGCACAUGACCGAAGGCGAGGUGCGCGGGCUGUGUCUCAAAUCGCGCGAGAUCUUCCUGCAACAGCCCAUCCUGCUGGAGCUCGAGGCGCCGCUGAAGAUCUGCGGCGACAUACACGGCCAAUACACCGAUCUGCUCAGGCUGUUCGAGUACGGCGGCUUCCCGCCCGAGGCGAAUUACCUAUUUCUCGGCGACUACGUCGACAGGGGCAAGCAGUCGCUCGAAACCAUCUGCCUGCUGUUGGCCUACAAGAUCAAGUAUCCCGAGAAUUUCUUCUUGUUGCGGGGCAACCACGAAUGCGCCUCGAUCAAUAGAAUAUACGGAUUUUACGAUGAAUGUAAAAGAAGAUAUAAUAUAAAAUUGUGGAAAACGUUCACGGAUUGCUUCAAUUGCUUACCCAUCUCGGCGAUAAUCGACGAGAAAAUCUUCUGUUGUCACGGCGGUUUGAGUCCCGAUUUGCAGGGCAUGGAGCAAAUCAGGAGAAUCAUGAGACCCACCGAUGUACCCGAUACAGGACUAUUGUGCGAUUUGCUGUGGUCGGAUCCGGACAAGGACGUGCAAGGAUGGGGCGAGAACGAUCGCGGCGUGUCGUUCACGUUCGGCGCCGACGUCGUGACGAAGUUUUUGAACCGGCACGAUUUGGAUUUGAUCUGUCGCGCCCAUCAGGUGGUAGAAGACGGCUACGAGUUCUUCGCCAAGCGACAGUUGGUCACGUUGUUUUCGGCGCCGAAUUACUGCGGCGAAUUCGACAACGCCGGCGGCAUGAUGAGCGUCGACGAGACGCUCAUGUGCUCCUUUCAGAUUCUAAAACCGUCUGAGAAGAAAGCAAAGUACCAAUACCAAAGGUCGUAUAUCUUUCGCCCCCCAACGCCCCUGCGGAAUCCGCCACCUAAUAACAAAAAAUAAGAAGAAAAAUAAUUCACCGUUUUCGUGUUUCGUUUCCUUCAAGUUCGUUGCCGUUUUUCAUUUUCUAUUAAAACACAUUAUAACCACCAGUAAUUCAGGAUUUUUUUCAUAACCAAACGGUUUUAGAUAGUUCUGGAGCGUUCUUGAUUGUUUUAGACAGUUCUAAAUGAUUCCGGAGCGUUUCAAAUGGCAGAAGAAUGUCAAAAACUAACCUCAUUUUCAUCUUGUUUAAAAUUCAAAUAAGACAACGUUGCCAUGUUUAAAAUUGUUUAAAUUCGGAAAAAAUAUGUAUAAAAUCUAUUUAUAUUUAUAAUUAUAUAUUUAUUAUCUUAAAUAUUAUUAUUUUUUUUAAUUUUAGAUGGGCGAUGUUAGGAAUAGUUUACUGUAUUAGUUGAUUUUGUUAUCCCCUUGUAUAUUUAUUUACCGUUUUGAAACAAGUCAGUCACUAAUUUUAAAAGGUCAAAUAAACACCUAUAUUUUUACCUCGUGUACUUCUCGUAUUAUAUAAGAUUGGUAUUAUUAUCUUCGGGUAGAAGAUAGUUGCCA